GACUGAUAUGUCCUCUAUUAGAAUGAGUAUAGAUUUUGGGAUAUUUUAUGAUUAGUUUACUUGGGCAUUGAAUUUUUCUACUUAAACCUAACAUAGUUUUUUAAAACAAAUUUCCUAUAUCUCUGAUUUGGAAUUUAGAAGGAAUAAUUUAUACUCUCAGUCAGAAAGAUUAUGUUGAUGUUUUGAUUUUUUGUUUGUUAUGAUGAUGCCGGGGCUGUUAUCUUGAUUUUUGUUACACUGCUAACCACCUUGUUUAAAUAGUUUAUAUCGUAUAUGAUUUGUGGGUCAGAGUUAAAUGUGCUUAUAGUGAUCAUUUGUUCAUUGGUUUUAAUUGCACUUAAUCAAAGGAAAAAUGUACAAAUAGUUGGGUAGAGUAGCUGAAAGGGAAGAAGUACUUAUUUAUACGUCCCUUUUUGUUUCCAACCUUGAAAAAUUAGUUGCUAAAAGAAAAAAAAAAAAUCCCAAAUCAAAUAAGGUUAAUUCCAGUAACUCAUCUUCCUACCAGUCAAAACAGCCAAGUUAUGUGAGACUUUUUGGUUCAACAUAAUGUUCUGCCUUUUCCUAUGGAUUGGUGCUUAAUAGGUUUUUUUUUUUUCCCUCAGAAGUGACUGCAGUGGCCAUCCUUAAUUGAGUCUCAGACUUUUACACUAGGUGAAUGAAAGUAAAGAAAUAAGAAAGGACAUCUGUCAUGGUGGUUCAUGCCUUUAAUCCCAGCACUUGGGAGGCAGAGGCAGGAGGAUCUCUGUGAGUUCAAGGCUAGCCUGGUCUACAAAGCAAGUCCAGGACAGCUAGGACUGUUACACAGAGAAACCCUGUCUUGAAUGCCCCCUCCAAACAAAAAAGGAAGGACAUGACUGCUCCGGGGAGGACAAAGUUUAUCGUGGAUAAAGGGGAGAGCAUAGCCAGAGGCAGGGACAUGGGAGAGUCUAGAAUGAACAUGACCUUGAGCUAGGUCUUAUGGAGAGAGGGAAGGGGAGAGAGCUGCCCACCUAGAGAUGCAAUCUUGGAAAAAAGAUUAAGGGUUAGACCAAAAGGGCAGGUAACCAAAAUGGUUGGAUUAUGUAGAGAAGGGCUGGGCUGGAGAUGUGUAGGGUAGGGGUUGGAAUAUGUCAGCCAUCACAUGUAACAGGUGGGGCCUGAGGACUCGGGGAGGCCUGCAAACUUGGUGGCCAGUGUCCACCUUGAUAUGUUAUUGUUCCCAGAUACGUUAUUGUGCACAGUUGUCUGGAGUUUCAGACCUAACACUAGGUGUGCUGUCUUUCUCCUCCAAUAUGUUUUAUUUUUAAAAAUUGUAGUGUGUGUGUGUGUGUGUGUGUGUGUGCAUGUAUGUGUAUGUAUGUAUAUAUAUAUAUACGUGUGAGCUUGAAGAAUUUAGACAGUUUGUAGGAAUUGGUUCUCACCUUCUGCCACUUGAAUUUCAGGGAUCAAACUCAUGUCAUCAUCAGGCUUGGUAGCAAGUGCUGCCAUGUCACUGGCCACAUGUAUAUUUCCAUAUUUCCCUUUUUCUUUCAAAACAAAACACAGACUCUUGCUUUGUAGCUCUCUUUGGCUGUCGCUGAAUUUAUUAUUGUAGUUCCAUCCUGGCCACAGAUUUGUGGUGAUUUUCUUGGAUCAACCUCCUUCCAGAAUUAGUCAGAGGCAUGCACUAUAAAGGCCUAGCUUUGUGGUUUGUUGUUUUUUCUUUUCCUUUCUUUUUUUGAGAUAAGGUCUUUAUAUAGUUUAGACUGGCCUUGAACUUGGUAUGUAACCUGAGGAUAAGGUUGAACUGACUUUUCUGCCUUAAGUGCUAAGAUUGCAGGUGUGUGCCAUCAUAUGUAGUCUGUGUGGUGCUGGAAAUCGGGCCCAGGGCUCUGAAUGCUAGGGCUAUUAUCAUAUCUGGAGGACCUAAUUCUGUGUAUGCAGAGGAUGCUCCCUGGUUUGAUCCAGCAAUAUUUACCAUUGGCAAGCCUGUUCUAGGAAUUUGCUAUGGCAUGCAGAUGAUGAAUAAGGUUUUUGGAGGCACUGUGCAUAAAAAAAAUGUUAGAGAAGAUGGCGUUUUCAGCAUUAGUAUAGAUAAUACAUGCUCAUUAUUCAGGGGCCUGCAGAAGGAAGAAAUCGUUUUACUUACACAUGGAGACAGUGUAGACAAAGUAGCUGAUGGAUUCAAGGUUGUAGCACGUUCUGGGAACAUCGUAGCAGGUAUCGCUAAUGAAUCUAAAAAGCUAUAUGGUGUACAGUUCCACCCCGAAGUCGGCCUUACAGAAAAUGGAAAAGUAAUUUUGAAGAAUUUCCUGUAUGAUAUAGCUGGAUGCAGUGGGACCUUUACUGUGCAGAACCGAGAAGUUGAAUGCAUUCGGGAGAUCAAAGAGAAAGUAGGCACAUCAAAAGUAUUGGUUUUACUCAGUGGUGGUGUAGAUUCAACUGUUUGUACAGCUUUGCUAAAUCGUGCUUUGAACCAAGAUCAAGUCAUUGCUGUACAUAUUGAUAAUGGCUUUAUGAGAAAACGAGAAAGUCAGUCUGUUGAAGAAGCCCUCAAAAAGCUUGGAAUUCAGGUCAAAGUGAUUAAUGCUGCUCAUUCCUUCUACAAUGGAACAACUACUCUGCCAAUCUCAGAUGAAGACAGGACCCCCCGAAAAAGAAUUAGCAAAACAUUAAAUAUGACUACAAGUCCUGAGGAGAAAAGAAAAAUUAUUGGUGAUACUUUUGUUAAGAUUGCCAAUGAAGUGAUUGGAGAAAUGAGUCUGAAGCCAGAGGAGGUUUUCCUUGCCCAAGGCACUUUACGGCCUGAUCUAAUCGAAAGUGCAUCCCUUGUUGCGAGUGGCAAAGCUGAACUCAUCAAAACCCACCACAAUGACACGGAACUUAUCAGGAAGUUGAGAGAAGAGGGAAAAAUAAUAGAGCCUCUGAAAGAUUUUCAUAAAGAUGAAGUGAGGGUUUUAGGCAGAGAGCUUGACCUGCCAGAAGAAUUGGUUUCCAGGCAUCCUUUUCCAGGUCCUGGCCUGGCAAUCAGAGUAAUAUGUGCUGAAGAGCCUUAUAUUUGUAAAGACUUUCCUGAAACCAACAAUAUUUUGAAAAUAGUAGCUGAUUUUUCUGCAAGUGUUAAGAAGCCUCAUACGCUGUUACAGAGAGUCAAAGCCUGCACAACAGAAGAGGACCAAGAGAAGCUCAUGCAAAUUACAAGUCUUCAUUCACUGAAUGCUUUCUUGCUGCCAAUUAAGACUGUGGGUGUGCAGGGUGACUGUCGUUCUUACAGUUAUGUAUGUGGAAUCUCUAGUAAAGAUGAACCUGACUGGGAAUCUCUUAUUUUCCUUGCCAGACUUAUACCUCGAAUGUGUCAUAACAUUAACAGAGUCGUCUACAUCUUUGGCCCACCAGUUAAAGAACCUCCUACAGAUGUUACUCCAACUUUUUUGACAACAGGGGUGCUCAGUACUUUACGCCAAGCUGAUUUUGAGGCCCAUAACAUUCUUAGGGAGUCUGGGUAUGCUGGUAAAAUUAGCCAGAUGCCAGUGAUUUUGACCCCAUUACAUUUCGAUCGAGAUCCACUUCAGAAGCAGCCUUCCUGCCAGAGAUCUGUGGUUAUUCGAACAUUUAUUACUAGUGACUUCAUGACUGGGGUGCCUGCAACACCUGGAAAGGAGAUUCCUGUAGAGGUGGUGCUAAAGAUGGUCACUGAGAUAAAGAAGAUUCCUGGAAUUUCUAGAAUUAUGUAUGACCUAACAUCAAAGCCCCCGGGAACCACUGAGUGGGAGUAAUAAAUGUGUUAUUGUUGAAGAA